CACAGAUGGACCCAUGACUGUAUCUGAAGGACAGGUUUACAGCUUUAAUGCAACAGAUGGAGGAGUUUAUUACUGCAUGGCCACAAAUGAUCUCAGGAAUCAGACGUCAUCACAGAUUCAUUUGAAUAAUGCAGGUGAUGAGUGUCAUUGCAGUCCUGUCUGUGAAUAUGGUGACAGCCAACAUGUUACUGAGUGUCUUCUUUCUUUCAGGAGUUUUGGCUGAUUGCCCUCAAGAGGCACACCUCUUCAUUACUGCACCACAGAAGAUGGAAGCACUGAGUGGAUCUUGUUUGCAAAUCCCAUGUAACUUUAGUGCUGGAUCACAGGAAGAGUUUGACAGUAAAAGAGAAAUCUUCGGAGUGUGGAUUAAAAGUGACUCCAAUUUUCGCUACAAUCCAAACAAUGUGAUUUUCAACAGUAGUAUGACAGCUAACAUCUAUCCAAUGAAUAUUACUGGAAACCUGAGUCAGAAAAACUGCACCACAUUAUUUUCCAAUUUACUCACAAAUUAUACAGACACAUUCUUCUUCAGAAUUGAGAACGGGCCAUUCAGGGCAACAGCUUCUUGUGAUCCUCUUCAAAUAACAGUUAAAGAUUCUCCUCCGAGCCCCAGAAUUGAGAUCUCAGGUGAUCUGAAGGAGAAGGAGUCUGUCACUAUAACCUGCUCAGCUCUCACUCCCUGUCCACACUCCCCUCCUAAACUCACCUGGAGCCUCCAACAAGACUCUCACAGCUACACAGAGGGAAACACAGAUGGAACCUUUACAACUAAAAUCCAGGGCACCAUCACUCUGUCAGACCAACAUGAUGGAGACAACAUCACCUGUUCUGCCAGAUAUCCUGUGAAUGAAGGAGAAGAUGUCAAGACAGCAGAGGAGAGAAAGACUCUCAGUGUUUCAUAUGCUCCUAAAGACACCUCAGGGUCCAUCAGUCCAUCAGGUUUGGUGUCAGCAGGUAGCUGGGUGAACCUGACCUGCUCCAGCAGAGCCAAGCCUCCUGUCAGCCACUUCACCUGGUUCAAGAAGAGCACAGAUGGACCCAUGACUGUAUCUAAAGGACAGGUUUACAGCUUUAAUGCAACAGAUGGAGGAGUUUAUUACUGUGUGGCCACAAAUGAUCUCGGUAAACAAACAUCAUCAGAGAUCCAUCUGACUAUUGAAGGAGCAAAACAGCCUGAUAGCUCUUCGCCAUGGGGGGCAGUUGCUGGAGGGAUCAUUGGGAUCAUUGUACUAAUCUGUGUGGUUGUUGCUGUUUGGUGGUUAAAGUCAAAACAUCCAACUUCACAACAGACACAGGUUGGAAAAUACUUCAAUAGCCUAACAGCUGAAGAAGCAGCCAGAGCAACAGAAAAAGAAGACAUCCAUUAUGGAGAGAUCGACUUCUCCAAGCUGAGACCUGCUCCGUCCUCUGACUCAGCGCAGGACAGUGGACAGCAGCAGGAUACGCUGUAUGCACAGGUCAAAGUGUCCCAGCCAGCAAACAGCUUAACGCAGACUGCUGACGGCCCAGAGGAUCUCUACGCUCAAGUGAAGAAAAAAGUGAUGAGUGUCAUUGCAGUCCUGUCUGUGAAUAUGGUGACAGCCAACAUGUUACUGAGUGUCUUCUUUCUUUCAGGAGUUUUGGCUGAGUGUCCUCAAAAGCCAGGCCUCUUCAUUACUGCACCACAGAAGAUGGAAGCACUGAGUGGAUCUUGUUUGCAAAUCCCAUGUAACUUUAGUGCUGGAUCACAACAAAAGUUUGACAGCAGAAGAGAAACCUCCAGAGUGUGGAUUAAAAGUGACUACAGAUUUAGCAUCAAUCCAAACAAUGUGAUUUUCAACAGUAGUAGGACAGCUAACAUCUAUCCAAUGAAUAUUACUGGAAACCUGAGUCAGAAAAACUGCACCACUUUAUUUUCCAAUUUACUCACAAGUUAUACAGACACAUACUUCUUCAGAAUUGAGAACGGGCCAUUCAGGGCAACAGCUUCUUGUGAUCCUCUUCAAAUAACAGUUAAAGAUUCUCCUCUGAGCCCCAGAAUUGAGAUCUCAGGUGAUCUGAAGGAGAAGGAGUCUGUCACUAUAACCUGCUCAGCUUUCACUCCCUGUCCACACUCCCCUCCUAAACUCACCUGGAGCCUCCAACAAGACUCUCACAGCUACACAGAGGAAAACACAGAUGGAACCUUUACAACUAAAAUCCAGGCCACCAUCACUCUGUCAGACCAACAUGAUGGAGACAACAUCACCUGUUCUGCCCGAUAUCCUGUGAAUGAAGAAGAUGUCAAGACAGCAGAGGAGAGAAAGACUCUCAGUGUUUCAUUGAAUGUCACAUUUUCCUCAGAUGCUCCUAAAGACACCUCAGGGUCCAUCAGUCCAUCAGGUUUGGUGUCAGCAGGUAGCUGGGUGAACCUGACCUGCUCCAGCAGAGCCAAGCCUCCCGUCAGCCGCUUCACCUGGUUCAAGAAGAGCACAGAUGGACCCAUGACUGUAUCUGAAGGACAGGUUUACAGCUUUAAUGCAACAGAUGGAGGAGUUUAUUACUGUGUGGCCACAAAUGAUCUCGGUAAACAAACAUCAUCAGAGAUCCAUCUGAUUAUUGAAGGUGAUCAACAGUCUGAACUGGUUGGUGUCCAAGUUAUAGUGAAGACCCUGGGAAUCCUAACGCUUGUCAGUACGUUGGUCAUCUUUGAGUGCUGGUUUAGAUCAAGACGCUCCACCAAACCAGCGAAGAACACAGUAGAAGCAGACUAUGUCAACAAUUCUCCUCCGAGCCCCAGAAUUGAGAUCUCAGGUGAUCUGAAGGAGAAGGAGUCUGUCACUAUAACCUGCUCAGCUUUCACUCCCUGUCCACACUCCCCUCCUAAACUCACCUGGAGCCUCCAACAAGACUCUCACAGCUACACAGAGGAAAACACAGAUGGAACCUUUACAACUAAAAUCCAGGCCACCAUCACUCUGUCAGACCAACAUGAUGGAGACAACAUCACCUGUUCUGCCAGAUAUCCUGUGAAUGAAGGAAAAGAUGUCAAGACAGCAGAGGAGAGAAAGACUCUCAGUGUUUCAUAUGCUCCUAAGGACACCUCAGGGUCCAUCAGUCCAUCAGGUUUGGUGUCAGCAGGUAGCUGGGUGAACCUGACCUGCUCCAGCAGAGCCAAGCCUCCCGUCAGCCGCUUCGCCUGGUUCAAGAAGAGUACAGAUGGACCCAUGACUGUAUCUGAAGGACAGGUUUACAGCUUUAAUGCAACAGAUGGAGGAGUUUAUUACUGUGUGGCCACAAAUGAUCUCGGUAAACAAACAUCAUCAGAGAUCCAUCUGACUAUUGAAGGAGCAAAACAGCCUGAUAGCUCUUCGCCAUGGGGGGCAGUUGCUGGAGGGAUCAUUGGGAUCAUUGUACUAAUCUGUGUGGUUGUUGCCGUUUGGUGGUUAAAGUCAAAACAUCCAACUUCACAACAGACACAGGUUGGAAAAUACUUCAAUAGCCUAACAGCUGAAGAAGCAGCCAGAGCAACAGAAAAAGAAGACAUCCAUUAUGGAGAGAUCGACUUCUCCAAGCUGAGACCUGCUCCGUCCUCUGACUCAGCGCAGGACAGUGGACAGCAGCAGGAUACGCUGUAUGCACAGGUCAAAGUGUCCCAGCCAGCAAACAGCUUAACGCAGACUGCUGACGGCCCAGAGGAUCUCUACGCUCAAGUGAAGAAAAAAUUAAUAUAUGGACGUAUUUCUUAUUAAACAUAAUAUAUUAAA